UAAAAUUAAAGUAUAGUUAAUUUACAAUGUUUCUUCAAUUUCUGUUGUAUAGCAAAGUGACCCAAUCAUACACAGUUCCUUAUGCUAUACAGUAGGAACCCAUUGCCCACAGAGUGGCCCUUUAAAUAGCAUCAACUUCUUGUUUUAUGGAUGCAAUAUCUUUUCAAUCUUUAUGGAAAUAUUAAUUAGAACUUCCUGAAAUUUUUCUUCUGUUCCCUGCUGUACCUCUGUUAAAACUUUAUUAAAGCCUUCUUAUUUUUAUCUUGAUCUUUUUCUCAUUAUAUUGAAGGCAUGUUAUGUAUUACAUAUGAAAAACUUUGUGCACUGAAAAUCUGACUGGGAACUAUGUGUACAUGAGUGAAGUUUGCCAGCUGCCAUAUUAUUUAUAGGUUAAUUAAAUAUUGAGUUAGGCAUUAUGAUGUGUAAACUCCCAACUAUCAAAACAUGAGGGUCUCUUCUCUGACAUCAUACAAUUUCUUUUUGGGGGGGGUUCAGGAGGCUAGGGAGAAACAUCUAGUUCUAAAUGGUUACCCAGCAGAGGUGUGUGUGUGUGUGUGUUUUCUGUUCCUUAUUCAGACUUUCAGUUAACCCUCUGAAAGCCUAGUCAUUCAUUUUGCCCCUUUCCUGUGUAUUAGCACUCCAGACCUCAGCUUUAUCCUGUUGUAUUAGUUGUAAUUCAUCCCCUAUUUCUAUUUCACCUUUCAGAAUUUUGUUGGAAUCUUUCACCUUCUGAUGGAUUCUCCUGCUCGUGUUGAGUUUACAUGCUCUUUUUAUUCCUUUACCAUCGUUUUGGUGGAGUCUUGAGUAGGAGAGCAGAUAAAUAUACGUUUUUAAUUUCCACCUUUAAUUAGAUUGCUUAAUUUGAAAAUGCAUUUGGGUUACCAACUUCCCCUCCUAUAAAUUCGGUCUUGUUAAUAGUGUAAGUUUUCUAUCUAGAAGAUUAAAGAAGUGAUUCUCUAUAUGAUUAUGGGAGUAAGGGUCAGAUAACUUUGGGUGGUUUAAAGUUUCCUAUUGAGUAAUCUGGAAAGUACUAAAGAUAUUGCUCAGGGCAGUGUGAGAUAAACUCUCUCUUCACAACUUCAGAAGUCUGGUUACUUAUUUACAACUAGGAUAAGAUAAACAGUCAAAUAACUAGAGAAAUUCUUCAAACCACUUAUAAAGUUAAGUUUUUAUUCUGCUAACAAACCAAGCUUCCUGUGCAUGUCUGAAUCACUGAAUACCCUAGAUUCCCAAUACCUGGAAGACAACAAGUUGCACUGUCACCCAAGCAGGACCCCUCCUAGGUUCUACUCACUCACAAAGAAUUUCCCCUUUGAGCUUCUAUGACACUGCCUGGUUACUCACACCACAGAUUUCUCAGGAUUGGCUGGGACUGCAAAUAAAACACUGUUUGCCCACAAUCAACUUGAUAAGCUACAACAUAAAUGCACACAAGUUCCUAUUCUUAGACUAUAACAUGAAGCAUUUGCUCUCUUCUUUCCUCCUAACAUUUUCAUGCAAGACCUGGGGAGGAAACAUUGUCUCUGGCCAAAAGAAAAGGUCUUUAAAAGAAAAAAAAAAAAAAAGCCUAAAAUGGGUCUGUUAAAUUCUAAAAAUGCCAAAGCCAAGCAAGCCAGAAUUCUUCUUCUGGGACUUGACUCUGCUGGGAAAUCAACUCUCCUUUACAAAUUAAAGCUUGCUAAGGAUAUUGAGACUACCCCAACAAUAGGUUUCAAUGUGGAGAUGAUGGAGUUGGAAAAGGGUCUUCAACUCACAGUCUGGGAUGUUGGAGGACAGGAAAAAAUGAGAACCGUAUGGAGUCUCUACUGUGAGAACACUGAUGGGCUGGUGUAUGUUGUGGACAGUUCAGAUACACAGCGACUGGAAGACUCCAGGAGAGAGUUUGAGCACAUUUUGAAGAAUGAGCACAUUAAAAAUGUGCCUGUUAUCCUGUUAGCCAACAAACAAGAUGUGCCUGGAGCAAUGAAUGCAGAGGAAAUCACCAGAAUGUUUAAAGUGAAGAAACUCUGCAGUGACCGGAACUGGUACGUGCAGCCCUGCUGUGCCGUCACUGGGGAUGGAUUGAUGGAGGGGUUCCGGAAGUUAACUGGGUUUGUGAAAAGCCACAUGAAGUCAAGAGGAGACACUUUAGCAUUCUUUAAGCAGAACUGAGGUCCAAGUGGGGAAAGAGACACUGAUAAAGAUGAAAGGGUAAUUUUGUUUCUAGGCCAAGUGAGAAAAGCAAGUUGCUGAAUUGGCAAACUUUUUCUGAAAUGUUAUUUCACCUGUAUUCAACUAAACAACUCAGAAUGAUAUCUAGAAAAUAUUAUUUUGGGCCAGGCUCUUUAGAAAACUAUGUGGUAAUAAUUGACAAUGAAAAUGUUAUAAAUUUGUGCAUGUUGGAUGAUUUAGAGUAAUAACAUUGGGGACCAAAUAAAUUUUUGCCUUAUUAUUUUCAUAUGACUACUAGAACAAAGUUUAAGUAAGCUGCUAAUAGUCAGAAUUCUAUCAGACUGUUUCCAGCUGUCAUAGGUGUAGAAAAAUGAACUUUAAAUUAUGGAGAGGAAGGAAGUUCCUGUUGUGGCUCAGUGGAAGUGAAUCUGACUAGCACCCAGGAGGAUGCAGGUCCAAUCCCUGGCCUCGCUCAGUGGGUUAAGGAUCCAUUGUUGCCGUUAGCUGUGGUGUAGGUCGCAGAUGCAGCUCAGAACAGGCAUUGCUGUGGCAGUGGUGUAGGCUGGCAGCUACAGCUCUGAUUCGACCCCUAGCCUGGGAACCUCCAUGUGUUGCCGCUGUGCCCCCGCCUCCCAAAAAAGACAAAAAUAAAUAAAUAAAUUAUGGAGAGGAAAAUGUUUGAUCUUAACAUUUUGUAGACCCCUAUCCCCUAAGUAAAGGUUUUUGGUUUUUGUUUUUUCUUCUCUGCAUUCUUGCCAGCUUUUUGAAAUCUACUGCUGGAAACUUCCUACAAUGAGUCAAACAAUGAACUCUAGGCUGUUAAUUGCCCAGAGGCUGUAUUCUCUUAUAGGGAGAAGAAAUUUGUACACUAAAGCUCUGGAAAUCAGGGUAGCACCUUAGAAUUUAGGGCAAGGUCUGGGCUUAUCGUUCAGCUGACCAGCUUUGGUAGAAUUCAGUAUAACAGUCAUUACUUGGGAACACAUGUACAGCUCACUGUACUGAUCAAACAGGAACCAGAGCCAGACUUUGCUCUUGGAAACCUGGUAAUUCACAGGGGGAACAACCUAAAGCCAGUAGCUAGAAUAGGGCAAUAAAUACAAAGUGCUAUUGCAGGAAAGACUUUCUGACCCUGGGAAACAGGAAGUGCUUCAUGCAGGAGGUGAUGUUUAAGAGAGUCCCCAACUCCUGGGGAUCCCAUGAAGAUGCAGGUUGGUCACUGGAACUUCCCAUCGCUAGGAGACUCUCCAGAGACAUUGUGGGGGACAGGAGGAAGGGAGAAAACUGGGGAUUGAAUUGGAAUUCCCCUGAAAGGCUCAGAACUCCCAGAAAGGCCCUAGUACUCACAAAGACACUCUUUUCUCCUACCCCACCUCCAAUAAGGCUCAUUUGGGCCUCAAGCCCCCACUGAAGCCACUGGGACGCCAAAUCUUUAGGUCACUGAGAAAAAUAAAGGUACAGUAAACCAUGUGUGCUGACCCCUGGAAUCCUUCUAUGGUUUUCUUCUCUCACCUUAGUCAUGAUUUGUUGUUUAGCAACAACUCCUUCUGUGCCACAUAGUAGGGAUUCAAAUAAUAAAGUAGACAUACAACUAAUUAUUGUCACCAUUGGCUGACUACUGUGUGUGCCAAGAAUUGUGUUAAAUGCUUUCAUAAUCUUUUCAUUUAAUGUUCACAGCUUCCCUGAAAGAAAUAGCAUUGUUAUUUCAAUUUUAUAGAUGAGAGUACUGAGACUAAAGAAGGUUAAAUAGGGAGUUCCCAUCGUGGCACAGUGGAAACAAAUCCGACUAGGACAUGGGGAUGCUAGUUUGAUCCCUGGCCUUGGUCAGUGGGUAAGGAUCCGGUGUUGCCGUGAGCUGUGGUGUAGGUUGCAGACGUGGUUCAGAUCCAGCAUUGCUGCGGCUGUGGCAUAGGCCAGCAGCUGUAGCUCCGACUGGACCCCUAGCCUGGGAACUUCCAUAUGCUGUGGGUGCGGCCCUAAAAAGAAGUUAAACAGCAAUAACAACCACACACACACACAAAAACCUGUUUGGUAUAUAUAACUGAGGAGUGGCAGAGUCAGGAUUCAGAUUCAGGUAUCUGACUUCAAGGCCUGUGCUAUUGAUUGCCAUGGUAUUCUUUUACAAAUAAGGUAUACCUCUGUCUUCAAUGAACCCAACUAAAAGUAAAUCCAAGAUAAAUUAAAAACAGAACUAUCAUAUGGUCCAGCAAUCCAACUUCUAGGUAUAUCUCCAAAGGAAAUGAAAUCACUACCUUUAAGAGAUAUCACGUGGACUUCUACCUUCAUUACAACAUCAUUCACAAUAGUCAAGACAUGGAAACAAUGUAAGUGUUCAUCAAUGGAUGAAUGGACAAAGAAAAAGUGGUGUAUAUACACGAUGGAAUAUUACAUAGGCAUGAAAAGAGGGAAAUUCUGACAUUUGUGACCACAUGAUUGAAUCUGGAGGGCAUUAUGAUAAGCAAAAUAAGCCAGAGAAAGAAAAAUACUCUAUGAUCUCACUUACAUGUGGAAUCUAAAAAAAAUCAAACUUAUGGAAACAGAAAGUAGAUGGCAGUUGCCAGGGUUUGGUAAUGGUGGUGGUGGAGUGAUAGGAGAAGUUGGUAAAAGGGUACAAAAUUUCAGUUAUGAGUAAGUUCUAAGGAUAUAAUGUACAGCAUGGUGAUUAUAGUUAAUAGUAUUGUGUUGUAUACUUGAAAUUUGCUAAGAGAGUAAAUCUUAAGCAUUCCCACGAACCAAAAAAAAAAAUAACUGUGUGAGGUGAUGGAGGAUGUGUUAACUCAAUUGCGGGGCUCCUCUCGCAAUGUGUAUGAUAUCAAAUCAUGUUGCAUAGUUUAAUAUGUUAUUGUAUAUGUAAAAUAAAUAUAUUAUAAUUUUAUUUGUCACUUAUGCUUCGGUAAAGCUGGGGUAGGAGAGAUUAAAUCCAGGUCAACAUAUAUUUCUUUUACAUUAAGAAAUUUCUUUGAAAAAAGCCAGGCAGAAUGAAUUAAGGCUGUGGCAAAAAGAGUUACUGAUUUCAGGAAGAUCUCAGGGGAGUGGUGAUGUAAAUCCUUCAUAGUAGUGUUCUUCCAAGUUUCACAAAAUUAUUAAAACUGCAAAUAUGCAUCUUUCAAAAAAUCCAUCAUCCCUACCAUUUUUCUAUGUGCUUUAAAAAAACCUUCCUAGGACCUUAAAGGCAUUAUGUUAAGUGACAUAAGUCAGGCAGGGACAAAUAAAUACUCUAUGAUCUCACUUAUAUGUGAAAACUAAAAAAGCAAAAAAACAAAAAACAAACAUUAAAAAAAGAGAUCAGACUUGUGGUUACAAGAUGCAAAGAAUGGGGAAAGGGGGAAUUAGGGAAGGGCAGUCAAAAGGUACAAACUUCCAGGGAGUUCCUGUUGUGGCACAGCAGAAAUGAAUCUGACUAGAAACCAUGAGGCUGCUGGUUUGACCCCUGGCCUAACUCAGUAGGUUAAGGAUCGAGCAUUGCCCUGAGCUGUGGUGUAGGUCGAAGAUGUGGCUUGGAUCCUGUGUUCCUGUGGCUGUGGUAUAGGCUGGCUGCUAUAGCUCUGAUUCAACCCCUAGCCUGGGAACCUCCAUAUGCUGAGGGUAUGGCUCUUAAAAAAAAAAAAAAAAAAGGAAAAAAAGGUACAGACUUCCAGUUAAAAGAUAAAUAAGUAUAGGAGAUGUGAUGUGAAACAUAAUGACUACAAUUAGCACUGCUGUAUGUGAUAUACAGGAAAGUUGUUAAGAAGGUUCUAAGAGUUUGCACCACAAGGAGAAUUUUUUUUAAUUUUCCUUUUCUUCUUCCUUUUCUGUUUAUUGUAUCUAUAGGAGAUGUUUGAUGUUACCUGAACCUAUUGUGGUGAUCAUUUCACAUUAUAUGUAAAUCAAACCAUCAUGCUAUGCCCCUUAAACUUAUCCAGUGAUGUAUAUAAGUUAUUUCUUAAUAAAACUGGGCAGGGGGUGUGUGUAAAAAAAAAAUCUUCCUAAUAAUCUUAUUAUUAGGAGUCACUAGCUUAUUUCUAUAGAAAAUAUCAGAAUAGAAAAUGUCUCUUGUUGUUCCUGAGUAUUUUGUUAGUCUGAAUUAAGUCAAGUCCUUCAUGGCCCAGUCUUAACAUAAUGAAAAAUUCAGAGAAAAUGGACCCGAAAAAUAUUUAAAAGUAAUUAAAAUCUUUACUUCAGAUUGUGUGUGGUGUGUGUGGUGAGUAGAUGGAUUCUUAAUGUACAGCAGAACUUAUAAAGUAGCUGUUUCCUAUCUGUCAUUUCAACAUCUCUCCCCCAUAAGCAGCUGUCCCUCAAAAUCUCUACUAAAAUUCUGUAAGAAACAUUCCCAUGCUUUUCCCCCUUUCUUCCCUUGGAUCCAUCUAUCUUCCAUCAGUUACUUGCCUUCUUUUCAAUGUAAAUUUUACUAAUCUUUCCUUUCUUCGGCAUUUCCCACCUGAUCUUGCUAUCAGGCUCCUCCACACCCUCCAACACUAGACAGGCACACGUGCAUACACACGCACAUACACCCCUGUGUACUCCUCAUUCUGAUCUAUCUAGGAAAUCCCAGAAUUGAAGAAAAGGGAAAAGGUUAGAUGGACAACACUAAAAUAUUCCUUAGCAAGUGAAAGGGAAAAGGCUGUGAAUAUUUAUGUCUUGAUAUUUAUUGUUAUCAUACAUUUUAUUGUUUGUUAUCUAUGUAACAAGGCAAAACUUUUAUCAAAAUAGCACACUGCCAUGGAUCUAUAGCAACCAAAAACCACACUUCUGAAAUGUUCCUUGGUUAAAGAUUUAGAGUCUAAAAGGUAAAUAUGAGUUAAAUAUUUCUAUCUGAUUUUCUAAGAAUUCCAGGUGAAAAAAAGCCUACACAAUAUAAGAAUAAAGAAUGGCAAAUAAACAAUGUAGCAGCAGUGACUGAUAUGUGUUCAAAUU